AUGGGACAGGGACUGGGAAUCAAGAGCUGCAACUUCCAGACAGCAAGAAACAAUGAAGAGCACCACACCAAGGCCUUUAGCUCCAGGCACCUCAUUGUGAGGAGGGGGCAGCCCUUCACCAUCAGCCUGCACUUCAGAGCCCCCGUCCACACAUACCUGUCUACCUUAAAGACGGUGACCCUGAUUGCGCAAACUGGAGAACAGCCUUCCACAAGCAACAGGACAGAAGCGGUGUUUCCGAUUUCUAGUCUCGGGGACCGGAAGUGGUGGAGUGCUGAGGUGGAGAGCAGAGAUGCUGAGUCCUGGACACUUUCUGUGACCACACCUGCAGAUGCUGUCAUUGGUCAUUACUCCCUUCUGCUGCAGGUCUCUGGCCAGAAGCCACACCUCCUGGGCCACUUCACACUGCUCUUUAAUCCCUGGGGUCGAGAGGAUGCUGUGUUCCUGGAGAAUGAGGCUCAGCGCAAGGAGUAUAUAUUGAACCAGAAUGGCAUCAUCUACCUGGGCACAGCUGGCUGCAUUGAGACAAUGUCCUGGGAUUUUGGUCAGUUCGAGGAUGAUGUCAUCGACCUCAGUCUGAGUUUACUGAGUGUGGACAAGAAGGUGGAAGAGUGGGGCAACCCCGUGCAUGUGGCCCGUGUUUUGGGUGCCUUGCUGCAUGUGCUCAUGGAGAAGAGAGUCCUGCCCACUCCGCAGACCCAGCCCACCCAGGAAGGAGCCUUGCUGAACAAGCGCCGGGGCAGCGUCCCCAUCCUGCGGCAGUGGCUCACAGGCCGUGGGCGACCUGUGUAUGCUGGCCAGGCCUGGGUGUUGGCUGCUGUUGCUUGCACAGUGCUCCGAAGCCUGGGGAUCCCUGCCCGUGUCAUCACCAUCUUCGCCUCAGCCCAGGGCACCGGUGGGGGCCUGCUCAUAGAUGAGUAUUACAAUGAAGAGGGGCUUCAGAACGGUGAAGGCCAGAGAGGCAGAAUCUGGAUAUACCAGACUUCCACAGAGUGCUGGAUGACGCGGCCAGCUUUACCCAAGGGCUAUGGCGGAUGGCAGAUUAUGUACUUGGCUGCUGCUGAUGGAGGUAGAGUGCUGGAGGCCUGUGAGCUGGUCCCAGUCAAAGCUGUCAAGGAGGGAACACUGGAGCUGAGCCCUGCAGUAUCAGACCUUUUUGCGUCAGUAAAUGCAACUUGUGUGGUUUGGAAAUGUCGUGAGGAUGGGGCACUGGAGCUGACCGACUCCAACACUAAGUAUGUUGGCAACAACAUCAGCACCAAGGGUGUGGGCAGUGACCGCUGUGAGGACAUCACACAGAACUACAAGUACCCAGAAGGAUCGCUUCAGGAAAAUGAGGUGCUGGAGAAAGUCAAGAGGGAGAGAAUGAAUCAUGGCAAAGACAAUGUUAUCCACCCCCUGAGUCUUGAGGUUGCUGAUCCUCUGUACCUGUUCUUAGAAGCACCCUGCUCGCUACCCCUGGGAGGGGAUGCUCAGCUCUCUGUGACCCUGGUUAACCCCAGUGACCAGGAGAAGGCUGUACAACUGGCAUUUGGGGUGCAGGCAGUGUACUACAAUGGUGUCCUUGCUGCCGAGCUCUGGAGACAGAAGCUGCUCCUCACACUCAGUGCCAACCUGGUUAAGAAAAUUACCACCAGCCUGUCCUUCUCUUAUUUUGAGCAAAGCCCACCAGAGAAUAGCUUUCUCAGAUUCACAGCUAUGGCAACACACUCAGAGUCCAGCCUCAGCUGCUUUGCUCAGGAAGACAUCGCCAUCUGUAGACCUCGUCUUGCCAUUGAGAUGCCAGAGACCACAGAGCAGUAUCAACCUCUUACUGCCUCAGUCAGCAUUCAUAACUCCCUAGAUGCUCCUAUGAAGGACUGUGUGAUCACCAUUUUUGGAAGGGGGCUCAUUCACAAAGAGAGGAGCUACAGGGUAGGCUCAGUGCGGCCUGGAAAUACCUUGCGUAUCCAAUUCUACUUCACACCAACGCACUUGGGGCUCCAGAGGCUCACUGUGGAGAUGGACUGCAACAUGUUCCAGAACCUAACCAACUACAGAAAUGUCACUGUGGUAGCCCCUGAACUUCCAGCUUAA